GCAUCGCCUUAGCAGCCGCCAGUAGGCAGAAAAGCUCCGCUGGGUGAGUGUGGUGUUUGGAUUCCGUUGCACGUUAAUUGUCAGUAGCAUAACGAUGUCAUUGCGAUCUGAAGGUGGUCAGUACCAACAACCUUCUACGAGUGCCAGCGACCUCUCAGGUCUGGCCAUGGAGUUCACGCCGCCCACAGCCGAACAAAUUGCCCGAGCUCGUCAGAACGUCGAUGCCGACGAAAACAGCAUUAAGGAGGCCAAGGAGAUUCUCCUAAGCUGGCUGAAGACACAGCCGCAUUUGCCCGAUGCCAUAGAUGAGGUUCGGCUGGAGCGGCUGUACCUCAACUGCAAGUGCAGCCUGGAGCGCACCAAGGUGGCGCUCGACGCGUACUUCUCGCUGAGGAGUCGCCUGCCGGAGUUGCUGCAGGAGAGGGACCUGCUGCGGCCCGACUUGCAGGCCAUGGCCCAACACGUGAUGCUUUUUCCGAUGCCACGUCUCACACCAGAGGGGUACCGUGUCCACCUGUCUCUGGGGGCAGUCAGUGAUCUGUCAAAAUAUAACCCGGACGCGUACGUCAAGCUGUUCCUGAUGAUGCUGGAGGUGCGCCUGGCUGAAGACCUGACGCCGGGCGACGUCUACGUCAUCGACUGCGGCCAGUUCACCAUGGCCCACAUUGCCUCGUUCGGACCGGCGCGAGUGCGCAAGAUAGAGAUGUGCGUCAGGACGGCGUACUGCUCUCGAAUAAAGGCACUCCACUUCGUCAACAUGUCACAAGUUGUUGACUUACUGUACAAGAUUGUUGUCAACUCUUUUUCGUCAAAGCUUGCUAAAAGGGUGCACGUGCACUCCAAGGCGGCCAACGCACUCCUGGACCACUUGCCGGCGGAGUGUCUGCCAGACGAGCUGGGCGGCAACGCCGGGCCUGCCAGAGACAUUUGGGAAGCGUGGCAGUCGAAGCUGUUGUCGUACAGGGACUGGUUCCUGAAGCAGGACAGCGUGACGUCUGACGAGACAAGGCGGCCUGGCAAGGACCCCUACGGCGAAGGACUCUUCGGCUGUGAAGGGUCUUUCAGAAAAUUACAGCUGGACUGAUAAGCGCUUGGACAGGAGGGGCCUCACACACAUUCGGGUUGCAUGCUCUUGCCGUUGAGUAGCAUCGAUAUACGCUUCAGUUCCUGCAUUUAUCAAAAUAGGCACGCACCAUUCCUACAGAUAAAAAAGAAAACGCACAGGGAUAAGGAAUGUAUUUAUUUAUAUUUGCUAUAGUGAAUACCAUUUGUUCUUAAAGUGUAUGAUGCAUAUUUAAUCAUGGAACUCAUUUUCCAACAAUUUAUGGGCAUCAGCAUCUGUUGGAAGAAAUAACGUCUCUCAACAAACGCUUUUGUACGAACGUAAGUGUAAACUUAGUCACCAAUAUUUGGUAAAAAUUUAACAGUGGUGAUGGUGUACUACCCUUGAAAAGUUUCCUGGAGGACAACUACAAUAUGACCGAUUAAGAACAUAUGUAAUUUCUUUGAGAGUUCAAAACCAUCUACGUAAGUGAUAGACACGUAGACGGUAGUGUAGAGAACAUGCUCGUCAUUUGCGUAAAACCAAAUGUUGUACUACAAAAUAUGGAGAAAAAUACAGUUUAAAGAACUGUCAACGAGAUAAAAAUAAGCUCUUUGUACAAACCAACAUCACUUCCCUAACGUACGUUCGUUCCCUUUUAAAUGAGCCUCAUAAGUCAUAAGGAAACGAAAACUGACUUACUAGCUGAGUAUUCCGCAGCUGUUUGGCGACGGUGUACAAUUAUUUGUCAAAAGAUAAAUAAAAUCGAAUACCGACGUUCAGUUGGACCACGAAGGAAAUUAUUGCAGAUAACCUUAGGACAGAUACCAAAUGUUUACUGACAAGAGACAGAGAAGAUAGCGACGGCGUAUCAGAUAUAAGAAGUUACACAUGAACUUACAUGACCUCAGUGUUCUCACAUUUUAGUACCCGCCAUGUAACGGAAUUUAGCAGAGCUAUAAUAAAAGCGUAAGAAUUACAUUAACAUCAA